AUGCCAGCCGCUCUCGAUGGCCUCAAGGCGGCCAUUGAGCGCAUCAUCCUCGAUCCUCGCUACCAUGACCUCCUCGCCGUCCUCAAGGCCGCUCGCAAUGGCGCCGUCUAUGGCACCAAAGUCCGCUUUCCCCACGCGCUUGUGCGCAUACUAUUCUUCAGCAUGAUCUUUCUCUUUCGAUCUGGAACCGUCCGCGAGAAGAUCUGGCUCGUAUACAAAGCAACCCGCACACACGCACGCAAUCUCGCCAAGUUCGCGACCAUAUACAAGCUCACCUGUAUGCUGCUCAAGCAUUUCGGGCCAACCCCGGGCAAGGAAGGCCCGUACGAUCCUCUCAUCUCCGGCCUCCUCGGCGGUUAUUUUGUCUUUGGCGGCCGUUCUCGCCACGGCAAGAUCUCCUCCGUCAACCAACAAAUCGUCAUUUACGUGUUUGCUAGAGUCGCCCUCGCCCUCGCGCGGCUAGCCGUCAGGGCGGACUCCCCGAUCGGCCUGCCCAUCAUCUCAAAGGAGCCUGUGGCUUCCAAGGUCAGCUACUACGCCUGGCCAGUGUUCGCCAGCGUGAGUUGGGGCAUGGUGAUGUGGCUCUUCAGGUACUACCCAGAGGACCUGCAGCCAAGUCUCAGGAGUAGUAUGAACUACAUCUACGUCCAGAGUAACGAUUGGGAUAGUCUGAGAACGUUGCUCUGGCAUAACAAGUAG